ACAUCUCGAUUAACAGCGGUUAUAAUGUCAACAGACCAAUCUCAAUGAGUUCGGUUGGCAGUUUGAAGACGGUUUCAUUCGCAGUUGGUAUCUUUGCGGUGCCAUGUCGAUCAUUAGAAGCUUCUUGCUGCUGUCUCUCCUCUACGCUGUCGUCGUACACAAAUGCUUCUCGGCGCCUCUCGUCAUCCGGACGGGAAUCGAGAAAGACGAAACAGGUACGAUGUUUUUGAUGGAAGACGAGAUUCGCAAUCGAGCACUGCAAAAGAACAGUGAAAAAACUGAAUCUGAAAAACCGGCUGAAACGCAACAUGUCCUGCUGCAAUCCACGCAACCAAACGGCGCCGUUGCUGCAGCUGACGACAGGGACGAGGCAACUAUUCCACCGGACAACGAAGGGGACACUCAGACUAAAAUAGGAUCCAGUAAAGUUCAGGAAUCAGCUGCUAAAGCGGCGGGGGCGGUACUGGGGAAGGUCUUGGAACAGGGUCUCGCUGGUCUUCAAAAUUCCAAAGACCUGGCAGCAUUGGCAGCCGCAAAUGCGUUGAGAGUGCACGUCAAAUUGGACGAUGGAUUCGAGUCACAGGACGUACUGCAUCCAGGAAAUGUCGCGAUGGAUGCUAACUUCAUUAGAGACGACACUUCGAUGCAAACUCCAGGCUCACAAUCGAACCCGUUCUACUACAAAAAUGGCGUCGGCGGCCAAGUCGUCAACCACUGCUACGAAAGCGAUUAUCCGCCCGAAAACCCAUGCUUCGAGGGACUCUCGUCGGGUGUCGCUUGCACGAAUUUGCUUGACGGCGCUUCGUACAUUGGCACGGGAUUCGAUGGAAGGUCGGAGUACACCUCAGAGUCUCGUCGUGGCAGCCUCAUCCAGAGAGACUGCUCUGCCUCAUUUCAGUACGACACGCACAACGUGCCAAACAGCAUGAGCGUGCAAGGAAUCUACGACACACAAAUGUUCACGAUGGUGUUCGGUAGCGCCGAGGAAUACACCGAUUACCUGAUGGAGGAGUCGGGAGAGUCGAAGUCGUUCUUCAGAAAGUCGAAGAGCGUCACCAAAGCGUACGGAAUGUCGGAGAUUCACACCAAGAACUUGUACAUGGGCAUGGUGGUCAUAGACAUUGCCAGGUACGAGUUGUUUCUGGAUGCCAUUGGGCCCGACCAUCUCAACCCCGAGUUUCUCAAAGAUUUUAUGAGCUUGCCGUUACAAUACUACGCACCGGGAGCUCCGGACGUAUUACAGGACUUCGUUCUACGUUGGGGAACUCACUAUAUCAAAGCCAGUCCGUUCGGCGGUCAACUCGAAUUUCGCAAGGUCGGAUCCAGAGAGAUGUAUCAGAGUAAGGAGGAGUUUGCUGAGGAAAUCCGCGAGGACGUGGAGCGCUUUUUCCACAGCUACCACUCUGUAGAAUUCAACAAAGAGACAGUGGAAACGGGAAAGAUCACUGAAUGGGAGUCCAUGUCUCUAUCAGUGGCAGGAGGCGAGCAGGAGAUUGCUUCAGCUCUGGCUGACAUGUAUGCACCCGGAUUCAAGACAGCAUUUCUCUCUUGGCUCGACUCUCUAGCCAAGUAUCCUAAACCGUAUAAGUUUACCCUUGGACGUAUAACCGAUCUUGUGGACUUCAAAGAAAGUGAUCUCUUUCCUCAAGAAGAUGCUGAACAGAAAUGGGGCUGUGAGGCUAAGGAUGCGAAUGGUGAUUUAGAGUUUGAUGAAGAGAGGAACAUGCAUUAUUACAAUAUCAGUGUGGAGAUCACAAAGCCUGGUAUAAAUGCUACAACCGAGUGGGUGCCAAAGAGGAUCUACUGUCCUUACUUGGAUAGGAAAAUAUUGACACAUGAAAUACAACUGCGAAAGAAGGCCUUGGAAACAGCUGUAACUGUGUACUUAGAGGAGGGACCUCUGUCGACACGAUCUGUGUAUGUUCCACCUGGAGCUCUUAGCUGUAAGAGUGAUGAGGAAGAUGAAGAUUUUGUGCCAUUUGAUUGGGACGAUCUCAGUGGGCAGGGAGACAAGACUCUUAGGGUGGAAUUUGAUAUGUCAGAAUCAUUGCAGGGAUCGGGCGGUCUGUUAAUUCCCGAAAAAUCAGGUAGGGACAUAACAUUCCAUCGCAGCAGAUGGUACACUCAUGCUCCAGAUGGACUUCUUCAUCUCUACAACGGCUAUAACAAUGGCAACAGUGGUGAUUUGGGAUCCAGAAGACUCUCAAUGCUUGGUCUUGUUCUCAAUUAUGACGCUAACGGAGGCACCAUGUUUGUCUCUAUGGAUGGCUACAAUGACAGCACUCAGUGGCAUUCAAAGAGUUUGGAAUCUCGAAUCGGGGAAGCUUUAGCAAGAGCUUACUAUUUUGAAGGUGAUCCAGAUACUCUGAAAGAGAGGGAAUAUCCCUGUAAUGCACAAUGGUCGAACACUCGACGCAUGAAAUCCGAUCAGUGUCUUCACUUUUCCGCAGCCACAGCAGAAGCGAUCUUUGUAACUCUGGCAGCCAGUCCGGGUGAUAUCACCACAUGGUAUUACAUCAAGAUAUCAAUCAGCGAAGUGGCCAUAUAUAAGGAAAGAGAAAAGAAAGUCUCAACGAAGCAACUGGUAGCACUUAGCCUCGGAGACAGGACCCUGUUUCGAGACUUUGUCGUCUGCACUCACAAAGAAGAGACGAAUGAUGGAUACAUGCAGGUUCUGUAUGGCACCACAGCCACCAGUAGUGGAGACUCGGUUAUUUUGCUCCCCUUCUACGAUCCUGUGGAGGGGUCCAUCUCCAUCGAGUACUUUGGGUUUGGCAGCGGCAAUGAUGAUGUUCAGAUUGACGACAUCGAGUUGAGAGACUUCGAUGAAAGCACUCUCGUCUGUGUCAGAGAUGAUAAUGGACGCUGCAUUCCAAGAGAUUGUCCACCCGAGUGUGAUGCAGUGCUGGGUUGUCGUGAGGAGGAGCUCGAUGGUCAGUGGGUGUGCAACGAGUAGAAGAGAUCGACUACAAGUAGGUCUCCCUAUACUAAGACACAAAGUUUGACCUUUGCUGUUGCUGUUCCUGUUAUGUAGUAUCCUUCCUGCUUUAGCAUUUGCUUCUGCUGAGCGUAGGGAAAUGGAAAUGUUUGUGAGGUUUUGUGUCUGGCAGGUGUAGUGCUUGAGUAAUAUAAAUGUAGUCUGUCAUUGCAUUUGGG